AAUCACGGGCUUGUGGCUUUAGGAGAACAAAGGAGCCGGUUCUCUUCAAAGAAACGUCUCAUAGCCGGAUCGUUAGCGAACGACCCAUCGCUUGAAGCGAAAGAAGAGGGGAGGAGAAAGAGGGAGAGGAGGAAAGAACGCGAGAGUCCCGCUUCCUGGUCUCAUGAGACGGCUGGUCUGCCGGAGCGUCCAUGGGUGGAUGGAUUUUUGCCUGGAACUCGCCGACUUUAGCUUUGCGUUCUUCACACUCCUACAUGCCCUCGGGUUCAAGGAAAGGGAAAGUUGGCUUCCAUUCUCGCCGAGACGGAACUGAUGAAAAUGUACCUGACAUGGAUGAACGGGCAAUUCCAAAUCCUGAGGCCACUCCCGCAUCCUUCAGCUCAACCUGCCCACAACGCGGCGAACCCAGGAGCCAACCAGAAUGCCAUCUCUUACAAUGGAGCCUACCCCAGGGAACAAACCUCAAACUGUCGCUUCACAGGAGUUCCUCAACGGACAGUUGGAGGCAACAACAAUGGCUACCAGACGGCAUUUGUCACUGUGCAGAAUCCCUCUCGCACUCCUCAAGUUGGACAACCUUUCCCCGUGCCGAGGCCAGCAUUGCCACUUCGCAAUGACGCGCCAUUGUACCGGAACCAGUCCAAUACGCUGCACUGCAACGGGUCAUCGGGUACUCGGGCGUUUAGCUUGGCUAGCGUACGACAUACCAGGGGCCAUCAGGGCGCGUACCAGGUUGCAAACCAACUUGUAUCAGGAAACGGUGUCUUCUCUGCCACAGGUACUGCCCUUCAAGUCAGGCAAGGGGUUGGUGGAGUCACAUCUUCUUCUGCAAGCAACAUUUCUUUGGUCAACAACGCUGCACGUGGACCGCAGCCCUCCGCCCACCCUGGACCACAUCGUAUGGCUUCUCUUCACAACAUGGCUUCCAGCCUUCCACCGAGUAGGCAGAUUUCCCACGCCUCCAACUUGAAUCAGAAAACACAAGCGUUCCCAACCCAGUCGGAUGGCACUAAAGCACUUGGGUCCUCGGCAGCAGGGCCUCGGCACGACUCAAACGGGACACGUCUGCAAGCAUCCGCUGACCUCCAAAGUACGACAACGGGACUACACAGCGACUCUGGGAGGAAAAGGACAACAGAUAAGCCCCUUCAUCCGCUGCUUACGCAAUUGCUUCUGGCGUCGUUGCCUCAGAAAGCAAACGAUAAAUCCAAUUCCCUAAGAGAAGUUGCUGUUGUGCAUCCAUUGACGCCGCCUUGCAGUCAAGGCUCCGUGAACCACGCCAGCAAAGGUCCCACAACACCCGGGUCUCUUAGUGUACUUGGUGCGGACAAGCAGAACAAGACCCAACAAGAACUUUGUAGGACGUCCCCUGAAAUUUCAAGUGAGCCUCAUCUUAAAGAAUGCCAGAGCGUACCCGUGCAAGCUACCAGACUUGCGCCUGACACUACCGACCAGUGUGGUCAAACAUCUGCUAGAAGCUUGGUAACCCUUGAGGCUCCAAAGGGCCAGGAGGAGAAGAGCAAAGGAAAGGACAUUCCACCCCAGCCAACGGCCGGUAAUUCCCAACUUUCCUCUCUUCCAACAAGACCGUGGACCCUUAAGGAAUUACUUGCCUUGUUGGAGACUGAAGGACCUGAGAUGCCUCCAGAUCAACCUAAAAAUGUGGAUCUUGUGAGACAACUAGUGUCUCUAUUUUGGGAUAAAAACUUUGGAAAACUGCUGACUUUUGUUCAGACAACAAUUUUAAAGGACAUCAUUCAAGAUGUCGUCUUGUAUUGUGUGAAUGCUUUGAAGGAAGACAGUGUGGUCCUGUCACAGGUCCAGCCCAGGGACAUAAGCCAACUAAAAAGCGCAAGUGUUCUUCAAGACGGGGAGGUGUACUCCGAAGUACCCUACAGCUCGUCAUGGUUGAAUCAAAACGAACAACUAGACGACAUCGACAAAGAGUUUGGCCCCAACGUUUACCGCUUAGUGAGCGCCAAGCCGCCAGAUGCAGGACCGACUGGUAGCGUUCCAUCACCGCCUGGGAGCGAGGUACCCGGUUCCCAAGCAGGAGACGGCAGUGCCCAGUCUGACCCCCUGUACUCCUUUCAAAUUCAAGUUUUGCCACCAGAAGAAGCCAAAGCCGUCUUUGACCAAUGCCAUGGUGUCACCUUGCAUGGUGAUCCAGAGCCAGUCCCAAAUCCUGCUGUGGCGGAUGAGCCGCUCAAAGAUGUCCCUUCCACGAGGGGCUCACACACGGAGACCAGCCUACAGCAGUUCUGCUGCAUCGAAAAGUGGAAGGAAACGGUCUGUGGCUCCAAAGCUUCGCUGGGUAAAUGCACGUGUGGUCAGGUGUCUGAUCUGGGGAGCGAGCCAAUGGACCGCCAAGACCUAAUGACGCUACCUGACCUUCACCCCCACUCGCCCUUGGAGUCUAAAAGUGAGAAGAGAACCAGCAUGCCAGUCAGUCAGAUGUUUGUCUUGAGGGACUGCAAGGAUGAAACUGAUGACACGGACAAAGAAACGCUACAUAAAAGCCUGCCGACCAUGGUAGUGGAACACCAGGACACAAACGUUUGCAGCACUGAGAAGGAUCUUCACCAGGACCAGAUGCCUGAUUAUGAAGAUUGCGAAGAAGCUCAGCUGGAACCUGCAGAGAGCCGCCAAUCCACCGAUACGGACAUUAGUGAGGAAGAGACUCCUGUGCUACCUCUUGAUGGGAAGUGUGAAGAAGCUCCAAAGGCAUCUUCAGACAUGACAAGCUCUUCUUUGGAACCAGAAAUGACCUGUCUUGGUCAGACUGGCGGUCUGACGGACGUUAGUCAAACUCCAACACAAGAAGGAGACUCAAGAAAACGGAAGCGACUAAGCAGUCCUGAUACUCUCUUUCCAUCCCUGAAGAAGUUGAUUCAAACCAAAGCGCGUGAAGAUUCACGCAAUUCAAAAAGCAGGACCAGUUGUGUUCCCAAGACGGACUGUGAACCUUCAGGGCCGGUAAAAACCGUCCAGCUGGUGCUCUUCGGCUCUUUACCUCGGGAAAGGCGGGCCAUAUCCCAGAGAUGCCAGGAGACGGCGAUGAUUCCAGAGGUUGUUUAUGCUAAUGUCAGCCCCUUGAAGAGCAGACCUGGAAAGGCCGCGUCCGCCCUGGACUACUCGGCUGCCAAAGGGAUUCGUGCCAAAAUGCUUUUGUCUCCUGGUAAAAGGAAGAACAGACUCAAACGCAAAGCAAAAACUACCGACAGACAAAAGACUAGUUCCAUAAAGGGCCAGGACUUUGGUGCCCACCUGGGAAUGUCGGCUCAUGACCGGAGAAGAAUGAACGAACACGGAAGCCAGGCUCUCUUCCCCAUCCAGGAGAACGUCUUGAAGUUCAACGUUUUGCCCAAUAGCUUCAGCUUUGAAGACUCGAAGGGCAACAAAGAAACCACAGAAGGUUGUCCAGUCACCAGGCUGUCCUCCAAGGCCGCCUGGGGAGUCAAAAGGUUUUCCAGCAAGGCCCAGGUACUAGGAAAUGGCCUCAGUGAUGGUGCGUACAAGCGUAUUAAAGGGUCCAGAUGCGUGGCCAGUACACCAAAUGCUUACAUGUUGGCAGAUAAACCUUCACCAGAAUCCAAAAAGGAGACCCUCCAUCAGAAAAGCAUAGCUAAUGUGUGGAAUCCUCUUCCUGGAAAGGGGUGCGACCCCACACAGCACCACGCCGCCCCCAGAAGCUCCGGUGUCUUUGCAGUGUUUCAGAAGAAAUACAUGGAGAUGUCCCAACUGUCGGUGACUCGGUAGCCGUGGAUGGAUUUUAUAUUUAUUUGGAAUCCUCUGAUGAAGGAUGGAUGAAGCUCUGAUUUGUUAGCCAAAGUUUUAGUUGGUUCACGUGACCUCAAGGUAUGCUUCCUGUUGCCUUAGAAGAACAAGUUGUCCUGUGACAGCCAUGUUUAUAUUUUUAUAUAAAAAUAGAUCUUUUAUUUUGGCCAUUGGUGUUUUUUUUUAUAUAAACCAUGUGAACAGUUUACUUCAGCCGUAUUUGAUGUUUUAUAUUCAAUGUAGUAAAACAUGGAGGGAAUUUCUUUUGGCGGUACAACCUGGAAGCGGGGCUUCCGGUUUUGUUGGACUCUGGUUGGUUUUGAGUCGUUCAAUAAAAAAAAAUGCCGUCCUUCUGAACGCUUUGUUGCCAUUUUCUCUGUACAGCUUUAGGGUUCCUUCUCCUUGUCUGGCCACCACGGGAUGGCUCCUUGGCGCCGCCUUGACGCCCCUCUACGUAUUUCACCGCCAAGGCCAAGAUGUUUGCUACUUUGUGUCUCCAUUUGGGCUGAUUGAGGGUUUAUAUGCA